UUUGACUGCCACAACUGAGUCGGUCUCUCCGACAACAGUCACUAUGACUUCUCCACUCGUCAUAGGAGACAUUGUGCGCGCUGAAGAGGAUGUGGUGGCCAGCGUCUCUGGACAGGUUGUCUCUACAGUCGGGCACAGCAGGAGCGAUUCAGAGAGCAGCCUUGAUGAUCACAGACUUCUCCCUGUAAGCCACAAUACAGGAGUCCGAAGCCUCCACAUAAACAAUUUGUACGCCAAGUCGGAGUCUCUCCACGUCGGGACCGACUAUACCGUCGUGGUCAACUCUGGGCGUGAAGAAAUCGUGCCGAGGCUCAUAUCUUACUUCGGCUGGGAAAGACGCAAUCUUGGCCUGUACGAUACUAUUUUCGGACUGCACCACAAAUGGUAUUUUCUCAUAGUCACCCUCGUCACGAUCUCGGUAUUGACGUGUCUGGUGUCGGGUGUAGUGUUCUCCUUCAACUUUCUGGUGCUGUCUGAUGACAAAUCUCCCCCUCCCCCCACAAAUCUCAAGGAAAGUGUUUCAGAAGAGGUGGUGGUGCUGCAGAAGUGGGUGUGGUAUCUUCUAAUAGCCAUGGUGUCACUGAGCUGUCUCAACUUGGUCUCCACGGCGAUGUUGGCUUACGACAAGUUCAAGAAGCCUAAUCCCCGCCUCAGCGAUUAUGUGGACUCAGUUCCACGACACCUUCUGAUCAUGGCACCGCGGAUAAUGAACCGCCGCUCCUGGAAUGCCGCUCCGCCCUUAGGCACCUUGGAUGUCAACCGGUUGCCGGUCAAGAUGGUAGUGGUCACCCACACCGAAACGGAACCCUGCUCGUCCCCGGAUCUGUGUCGGGAGCAGAUAAACAGCCUGCAACGGACCCACAUGGGCGCCAGAGAUUGGCUGGAUAUCGCCUACAACUUCCUGAUCGGCGAGGACGGAUCGGUCUAUAUUGGCCGCGGCUGGGACUUUCUGGGGUCUCACACCAAAGGACACAACGUUGGCAAUCUCGGGGUGGCGUUGAUGGGCACCUUCGCCCACUUGGAGCCCACCAACGAGCAGAUGGAAGCGCUGAGAAAACUCAUUCAGUUGGGCGUCAAGAUGAAUAAGAUAUCGGACAGUUACAGUCUGGUGUGUCAGUGUCAACUACAGGUGGUCGACUUCCCCGAGGUGAAGUUGAUGGAGAAGCUUAAAUCUUGGGAGAGGUUCCAGAGGGACCUUCCAGUGAUAAGGAGGAGUGAGGUUUAGAAAUGACAAAACAGCUCAGCUAACCCGUAAGAUAUUUUUACAUUUCAAGAAUGUUCCUAUUUACCAAGGGCUCUCAAUCUUUCAAGCUUUGAGUUUCUCUUAGUACACUGAAAUUUGGUCAGUGUACCUCCCAUCUACUAUCAUCACCUUAUGUGUCCAACACAACAGUAAGAUUUGUACUAGUAGAUUAGGUUAGACUUUAGAUUUGUACGUUUAAAAAUUAAAUAUUUGAUGCAUUUCUA